UCCCACUGGCUGUGAUUACAAAACAACGGCAUGCAGGUGAAACCAAAAGCCGGCAGGGGACUAUUCUCGUUUUUCAAGACUGACGGCCGUAGGCUGGUCUUCUACACGGCGGGAGCCACCACGGUUGGAUUGUUCGUUGGCAACUUCCUGCCGCACACCCUUGGCCUUAAGUAUUACCGGGACUUUGUGCAAUGCUACCAGCACGGCGUGGAGCGUCCUGUGCCGGAUGCCGUGAAGCAGCGCCUGGAGAAGGCCCUGGACCUGUUGGGCCUGUCCGACUUUGAGCGCAAGUUCGUCAAGCCCUUUACUGUGUUUGGGUUUGAUCUCUUCCAGGCGGGCACCACGAAGCUUCGCUUUGGCGGCGCCCUAGGCAUUCCGGUGAACUACGGCUAUGUCAGCCAGGAGGAAAUAAAGCGGGCAGACAUCCGCUUCAGAGAUCAGCAAAUCAACUGGAGCUCACCCAGCGGGAAGCUUCUAGAGGAGGCCAUAGUCUUAAACGACGAUGAGCAGGUUUUCGGCUUGAGCAAAGCAGUUCUGCAGCUGCAAACCCAUCGAGUGCUUCUCAACUCGAUAUUUCCAAGCGUGAGCUUCCUGAUGGUGUACACCAUGGGUCACUACCUGAACCUGAGGCUGAAUCUGUUUGCCCGCCAUGGAAGCGUUCGCUUCGUCAUGUACAGCAUUCUGGGACUCUUUGGCACCGGCAUCUGGUGUUUUAUGAAGGACUACAAUCAAGUGGCCACAGACGCGGAGAUCGACAAGAAGCUGGCCACAAUGGGCCCUCAGUUUGUGGCCGCCGGAGCCAGCUUCUAUGAUAAACAUUUAAAGAAGAACAUUGCGCUGCGGGAACUGAUUGGCGACGACACCUACACCGCCCUGGGUAAUGAGAACUAUAUGGUGCGCCAGAAAUCUAUGCCGUUAACGGCUCGCAUCUUCUUCCUGGAGAGGCUGGAGGAGUUGAAGAAAGGGCAGGCACCAGAGACUCAAUAAACAAAUUAAUUGUUACAUUUUUA